UUAAAGAAUCGAUAACUGCAUUUGCCAUUUGUGUGUCUUGGACGGUUUUGUUUAUUCUGGCUAAUAUAAGGGGACUGUGGCAACUGUGUUAUAAUAAAGAUAAAGAGUAGUUUUGUAACUCUUAUUCGGGAGUUCGAAAUCUAGGUCAUAGACACGCCCUGAAGAUUAUAUACCCCACUCAUCACUUCGUACUGUCACAUUGACAAGGCAACAGGAAAUGGAAGGACAGACAGAGAAAGUCGAUACACAAGAAAAGGGGCGUCUCCUGUCCUACAUCAGUAUGAUGUCUGUGGUCGCUCUCUGCAUGGGCGUCGUCAGUAUAAUUGUUGGAAUUCUAGUAUUUGUGUAUCUGGGAGGAGGCGGGUACCCAAUUACCUCGGCAACUGGCAUUUGGUAUUCAUUUUUGCCAAUAUCCUUUGGAAUAGUAGGAAUUGCAGCUGGCAGAACAACAGAUGAAACGACACAAUCAAAGCUGUUGGGUGGGCACUACACUGCCAGCAUCCUUCUUGUUGCCAUGGGAUACGCCCUAGCUACAGCCAUACAGGGCGUAGUAACAUGCGCCACCAACAGCGAAAAAUGUGGAACCAAUCGAGACACACAGCUUGCACUCCAUAUCGUGUUACUUUGUGUUAUACUGGUGGGGUACAUUUUGGCUGUGGUCUCCAUGUGCAUUCAUCUGAAAAAUAGAAAUAUUCUGCACCCCGACUGGAAAUAUCGCAGAGGGUGCUGUGGGCGUAAGGGAGAGGAGGAACCCCCCAAGGCUUGAUCAGUCAGGGAAAAUGUGAUCCAUGCGACUUCGUCUUAGAUGGAACAGUAAAUGUAGCCAAUAGAUAAACACAAUUAAAGAUAGAUUGUGCAAGAUUAAGUCAAAGGUUCUAUCCUUUGGAAACAUUCACAUAUUGAUUUAUACUUUUUUAUGAAUCUGUGAACUUGCACUGUGUUACAAAGUGGGAUACUACCGGCAAAUUCAAAGCAACAUGGAUUGCUCACUUGACUCCUUUCUCCCUAUCUACAAAUGUAGUG